UGCAGAAAAGCGCGAGGAGAGAGAGCACGCGCAUGCACAGAGCAGGUAGCGCCGGAGCCCGCGAGAGCAGCUGCGGCGGCGGCGGCGGCGAGGAGCCAGCAGCUGCUCCCGACGACGACGGCGACGCCGACGAGGACGAGGACGGGGAUCGACAUUAGCUCGGUUCGCGCGAUCCUCGCUGCAACUAGUCUCGCGCUCGCUUGCUCGCGCGGCGGCAGGCGCGCGUCUAUCCAUCCUUGCCCGUGUAUACAUACACAUAUUAUAUAUAUAUAUAUAUAAUCGCGCAGUUACUGCUGCAGUAGUUAUUGAGGGAUAUCACCAAGACAAAAUGGGCCGCGCCAGGGAUCCACGGGGGAUCCAUGGAUCGUCGAGUUUGGCAGCUGGUCCGCUCGGUUCCCGGAGGACGGAGCUCAAGGGCAGAGCUUUACUCGCGCUCGGACUCGCGCUCGCCGUCCUCGGCGGUCUGCCGGAGGCUGCGCUCGCGAUCGACCUGAGCAGGCUUUACGGGCAUGCAGCUGUCAAGCGCAACAGCGGAGAAUCUUGCCAUCCGUACAAGCCGUUCAAAUGCCCAGAAGACAACACGUGCAUAUCGAUACAGUACCUGUGCGACGGAGCGCCAGACUGUCGCGAAGGCUACGACGAAGAUCCGCGGCUGUGCACCGCUGCUAAAAGACCACCUGUGGAGGAGACGGCGAGCUUUUUGCAGGCUCUGCUGGCCAGCCACGGGCCCAAUUACCUAGAAAAGCUGUUUGGCAGCAAAGCCCGGGACGCGCUGGAGCCCCUCGGCGGAGUUAACAAAGUUGCGAUUGCCCUGUCGGAAUCGCAAACGAUCGAGGACUUUGGAGCGGCGCUUCACCUGAUGCGAUCGGACCUCGAGCACCUGCGCUCGGUUUUCAUGGCAGUGGAGAACGGCGACCUCGGGCUCCUCAAGUCGCUCGGCAUCAAGGACUCGGAGCUGGGCGACGUCAAGUUCUUCCUCGAGAAGCUCGUCGACACGGGCUUCCUCGACUAGAACGAGAUCGACAACGGCAACAGGAACCGCGGUGACGGCCGCCAAGCCAGAGGGAAGCGCCUGCACGACAGGUUGUCAUCGCCGUCGAUAUCGCCAAGGCGUGAGUGGUCGGCUCUACGAUGCAAGUAAACAAAAUAACAAAACAAACGAAAAAAAAAAAAAAAGAACUGGAUAAUGUUGAGCCACUCCGAGUUUUUUACCCGAUCGUUGAGACAACAGUUUGCACGCGAAUGUACAUUAAAAUGGUCACGCUUUGCUGGUGGUUUUUACGCUUGCUUCGGGGUGAGCUUUCAGUUCUUCUAAUUGAUUGCUGAAAGGUCACUCCUGGGCGUGUAGUUCAUGUGUAGCUUUAGACGCGCUCUUAUCUGUGUCCAGAAAAAGGUGUACAGCACAAAGUGAGCUUAUUCGUGCAUGUUAUCGCGUACGUCAAAAAAAACAACAAAAGGAAAAAAAAAUGCGCCCCGAUCUUAUCCCUCUGAAUCACUAGCUGGGAAUAUGAUUGUUUUGCGUGUCUGAUUAUUAUUAUACCAGACGAGAAUCACCUAUACUAUAUACCAUACGAUGUGCUGAUUAUCAUCUAUAUUUAUUGUACGAAUCUUAUCGUAUAAUUUAUUGUCUAUGGCAGAUAAGCUGGUGUCUGAACUCGACUUUUGCCCCUCGAUUAUGUUUCAAUACUGUGAAAGAGCCAAGGUUGUCGGUACAAAUAAUUCACGGCUUUUGGGUUGAUCUAUUGACAUUUUAUUGCACUCGAGGAAAUAAAAUUUUUAAAAAGCUCGGUGUACCGAAGCAUCGAGCAAGAGUUGGUAUAAAUAAUAACACACUACGGAUUUUAGUCUGCAAAUCAUCGUGCAUUAUAUUGUAGAAGCAUGACGCGAUGGUUAAAAAAAAAAAAAAA